AUGAAGACUGCCUUAAUUUUACUGAGCCUUUUGGGAAUGACCUGUGCUUUCUCAAUGAAAAAUUUACAUCGAAGAGCCAAAUUAGAGGAUCCUGAAGAAAAUAGGGUCUUUAAGUUCAGGCCACAGUAUUAUCUGUACAAGCAUGCUUACUUUUAUCCUCCUCUAAAACGAUUUCCAGUUCAGAGCAGUAGUGACUCAUCUGAAGAAAAUGGAGAUGGUGAUAGUUCAGAAGAGGAGGAGGAAGAGGAGUCUUCAAAUGAAGAAGAAAACAAUGGAGAGAAUGAAGAGUCUAAUGAGAAUGAAGAUGAAGAAUCCGAGGCUGAGAACACUACACUUUCUGCUACAACACCUGACUAUGGAGAGGGGGCCACACCUGGAAUGGAGACCAUAGGGUUAGCUGCAAUCCAGCUUCCCAAAAAGGCUGAGAAUAUAGGAAAAAAAGUUACCAAGAAGAAGGAAAGUGAUGAAGAAGAAGAAGAAGAGGAGGAAGAGAGUGAAAAUGAAGAAAAUGAAGCUGAAGUGGAUGAAAAUGAGCAAAGCAUAAAUGGCACCAGCACCAAUAACACAGAUGUAGAAAACGGUAAUGGUAGCAGUGGUGGAGACAAUGGAGAAGAAGGUGAAGAAGAAAGUGUCACUGAAGCCAAUGCAGAAGAAGCCAUAAUGACCAGAGAACAAGACAAUGGUGGGCUUGAACCUACAACCCCACCACAGGUCUAUGGGACCACAACCCCACUAACCAGAGAAAUCACCACCACUGGAUAUGAGGGCGAGUAUGAACAAAUAGGUACCAAUGAAUAUGAUAAUGGAUAUGAAGUCUAUGAAAAUGAGAAUGGGGAACCUCGUGGGGAUAAUUACCGAGCCUAUGAGGAUGAGUAUGGCUAUUACAAAGGGCAGAGCUAUGAUAGCUAUCAUGGUCACAAUUAUUACUAA